UUCAGAAAGUUAUCUCUGGAAAAUUUUUUUUUAAGGCAAAAGUUUUUAUUUUUAUAAAGUAAGUUCUACCAUUAACUCGAAAUUUUUACUUUAAUUCGUUAGAAAUCUUGUUCGAAGGCUUAGAAUCGAAUUAUUCACUGAAUAAUUUACGAUUCCUAAAAUCGUAUUUUGUGAAGUUCAUUUUAAGAGAGUCCUGAUCUGAGAACCCUGAAACCUAGAAUGUCCUUAUCUGCACAACGCUGAAGCUUCUGUGAGUUUAGAAUAUACUCAUUUCAGACCUAAAGUUCUUAUCAAAUCCCAAGAUGCCUAUAGAAAAAAGCAAAAGAUGUAAGAGCCAAAAAACUGACUUCGGAAAUGUGAAUAUGAAUUCACAGACAACAUUAUCGACUGAAUGCGCUCCGUACAAAAAACGUAAGGUCUCCUGUGAUGGUAAAAAAACCACCAGGAAAAGAAAAUUGAUACGUGGUUCUGAUAUUGUGCUCACAACCAAACGAAGACGUUUAUCAGACGAGAAGAAAGAAAAUGCCAAAACCUGUGAAUACUGCUCAUGCAAGGAUCCUAAACCAAAUAAAGAAAUAACGCAAGUGACCUACUCGACUGACUACAAGGCAAAAUUAAGAAAUCGAAGUUUGGAUCAACAAGAAUAUGCAAAACGUUACUUAGACGAAACGAAUGAAAUACCAGAGGAACAAGAAGUAAACUUUUCUAAGAACUUGCGAAAUAGGAUUAUUAUUCCAAUUUCGAAUUAUAAAAAAGGCAAGAAAAAGAACCGAAAGAAGGGAAUACAAAAAAGUCGUCCGACUCAAAUAACUAAAGUUAUAAAAAAGGAUAAACACGAAGAGAUACAAAAAGGUGAAUGUGAAAGCAAGGGUGACGAGGAACGUUCACGAAGGCAAGUGGGAAAGUAUAAAAAGAAAGGGAAAGUGGUGGGUAAAACAAAGCGUAAAAAUAAGCGUGAAGGGAAGGGAGGAGGGAAGCAAGAAAAGGAAUGUGAGAACACCAAGGGAAACAACAAGGAAAACCCAAAUGCUUUAAAGGUUCGCGAGAGUACUGAAGUAAAUAAUGAUCGCGUUUGUCAAUCCAUUAAUGAUGAAAUAAAUAUAACUACAGCAAAAAUAAAAGUUUUGUUAGACCCUGAGAGCCAGUGUUAUACGGGUGAAAUUGAAUAUAUAAAUAUUCAAAAGACUAGAAAUCGGAAAGCAACCAAUUGCAACAAGUACCGAAGGACCAAGAAGAUCAAAAUUUCAUAAAAAAUUAUAGUAUUAAUUUUAAAUCUGAACAAAUUAUUUUCUUUCGGAAAAUAAAACGUGAUAUGAUAUAAGUAUUUUAUAAAAUCGUAUCCAAUAUCUGAAUUUAAUUUGGCGAAUAAUUGAAAUUCCUGUCACCUGGACAACAAUUUUCAUUACCCAUUUUUAUUUCCCAAAAUUGAAUGUAAACUGUAAAGCUUUAUUGCAAAU